UCACUUGUUACACGUAUCGCAACAUACUUGUAAUUUCGUAUGAAAAUUUAUGUACAAAGAAAUACGUGAAAAUCAAGAAAAAAUUUUACGAUGUUAGAGGUAGGUAUUUUUUUAAUAAAAAGGUAUCUAAUAGAACCGAGGUUGGAUCAAAAGAGAAGGAGAUGAGAGGCUCGAACCCUCCUAUUGUGGCCAGAGUAAUUAAAUGCGGCUAUGACAGUAUCUGGUGAAUAUCCAUGAGACGACUGGGCUGUCAGUCUGUCUGUGGACGUGAAAGGAAAAAGCAUCAACGAUGAAAGAAGAACCGAACACUGUGACUGCUGACAACGGAGGACGGGAACAGGGUGUAGGCGUGGGUGACACCAGACGGAGUACAGUUCUGUACAGUACUGUAGUACGUAGCAUGGAGGAGGGAGAAGUCCUCGAGGGAGACUGGAAGACCGGACACCGUGUAGGACGGAGGGCAAGCAGCGAGCGUCGAGACCUUCGCCGAUGUCCAAAUCUGACACUGACACUGACAGGUCGGAAUCAAACUUUGUCCAGGUGGCAGAAUGGUCGAGUGGAGUCCACGGAGGACACUCAUGGGAGUGGAUAGCGCUCGACUGGACUAGGUGAGGCGUACCAACCGAUAACGGACCACGGGAUCUUCUGAAUCCCCCACAGUAGUCGAGCGGCUAGAUCCCAGUGACCUAUGAACUGCGACAUUCUGCCUUGCACACAGCCCAUCGCCAUCGCAGUAGUAUUAUAUGCGAUGGAAUGAAGUACUCGCAAAAGUUGAGCCUUAGGUCGAAGUUGUCUGGGACGAGAAUCAUGCUCCAGAUCUAGCCAGAGACUGCGGGAAGAACUGACCCUGUUGCUUCGAAAGAAGAUUGGUCGUUGUCUCUCGUCAUGGAGACCCAGUCCACAAUCAUACUUCCAAUCUGAAGUACAAUCUGCCGGGGGCUGUCCGACCCUCGCUCUACAGAAAGAUUACAAAUUUCUCAACUUGUUUUUUCGGAUCACAGCCUCGGCAUUGGAUGUGAAGAUCAUUAAAAACUCAUUUCCGAGCAGUCGUGGACCAUGCAGCGCUGAGACUAGAGCAGAUCGAGGGAGAUCGAGACUUUAUUCAAGAUAUGAGGAAAAUCUUGACGCAAAGAAAUCGCAAAGUUUUGUGCAUACUCUGUUCAGCAGAGGGCGACAGGAAAGUCAUGGAUAGGUCCGGAGAGAAAGACAUCCUGUUCACGGCUUCAUUCCAGUAGAGGGUAAAAAGAAAAGCGCGAUGACGUCGUUUCAGUCACUGCCUUCUUGGGUCGCCAACUUUGCACAUCGCUAGAAACAGGACGGACACAGUAAAAUAACACAAGGGAUGGAGGCAACAGCGAUUGAUGAAGUCACAUGUAACGAGAGAUCCUACUGGCGUAUCAUCAAGGCUAGUCGUACCGAAACUCUGAAGUCCGCUGGCGGCUGGGAAGGUCAGAAGCUGCUAGGGUAGGUAUCGCAAGUUUUGAAGGUACAGUUGAGAAGUUGAGAACUUACCAGACUAAACUGUAAGUCUUCAACUGAAGCAUCAUUCCUGAACUGAAAGCGAAUGCGAUGGAACUUUCUUCUGAUGCGCUCAGGUCCUUGAGAAUAAUAAAACUCAAGAAUAGGAUUUGGAUAUUGGUAGACAAAUAUACCAGCGAGGAGUUCCGUGGUCAUUCAUCAUGCCACAUUGGAAAGGCUCACUGCACGCAUUUGUUGAAAGUGCUUCCAGAAUCCUGUGAACACCGCGUGAUUCAAAAGCAUUUUCACCAAGAUUUACUCGGUACAUGGCUGACAUAAGCGGGAACUCGGUCAAGAACCAUGCGUCCGUAAACCAUAUCUUCCUCCCAUUGCUUCUCUUUGCAGUUUCAGUCACAUGGGGAUGAAAAAGAUUUUGUUCAGGAUGGCGGACUAACUGAGGAUGACCCCACGAAGGUCAGCUAAAGGUCCAUUGUCUUAUCGUCGAGCACCUUACUCUUACUUGUGCUCCGUACUGAACCAAAAAUUGUCCUAAUGGAAUGGAGUACGGUGCACUUGAUAGGAUGCUUUGGAAGAAGUCUUCUCGAACAGAUACUUGUAGUGGAAAUCAUCCUGGAAGAUUUUGCACUCGUUCUCGUUACGAAUCGAGUGAGAAGUCAGACCUAUAGCAAUGUCUUGAGUGCAAUCCCUCCGGAAUCAGUCUCAAAAGUGUUCCCCUGAGAGGAACAAUUUUCCUCUGAGGCGAUGGAAGGUCGCGGUCUUGGAAAGAAAUCCGAGCCGACUUCGGAUCUUGGAAAAGACCAUCGACAAUCGAAGUGCUCUUUUCUAGAGUUCUGGAUUCGCAGGUCACUCGAGCUCUGACGCUAACUUCAACCCAGCGCACAAGCUCAGCAGCGGAGACCAAUUUCGCCAGCCUGCAAAUCUCUCUUCCACGCAAGUACAAGGCAAAAACUUCUUCACCAUUUCAUGAACGCUAUUGGAUCCCACCAUCUCGCCAGACAGCACCCUACAAGCUCUAUCAACAAGACGCAGAAGUCACACAAUUGGAAUAACACAAACCCUAACCAAAAGGGGGUUUUUUUCCUGGAUAACACCAACCUCACAGCCUCUCGGCAGUUCGGUAUUUCUUCAUCAU